AUUCUUAUCUCGUGUCCCCUCCCUUGAAGGCUGAUGAAAUUCUCCGUGUAUGUAGAACACCAUUUUGUUGGCACACGCGCAUCUCACUUAAAAAGAUCAUCCAAUGUUCAUAGACAGGACAACGAAGUUUCAUGAAUAAUAUAGCGAACCAUUCUGAUUUUGACAUAACUCCUUCAUCAUCUUCAUCCCCAAACCUUUUUUCUUUUCUUUCUAAUUUGAUUUCGCAACCUUUCUCAAUUCACAACAAAGGGGCUUUACAUUCGAAUCAACUUGAGAAGUGGGCUUCUUUGCAAAACAUUAUUUGUGGGAAGCUUAAGAUUCAAAGCUAUGGGAAGAUUAUUCGUGGUGAAUUUGGAAGGGCAGAUCUAUAGCUGCAAGUUCUGCCGGACCCAUCUUGCUCUUUACGACGAUAUCAUUUCUAAGGAACUUGGGAACAAAAGGAGGUAUGAUAAGUUUUUUGACUGGGAAAAUUUUAUGUUGCUGUCCUGUCCCAAUAUCCUCAAAAGUUGCUUAAACCCACAUUGUAACUCCUUGUACUGUUUGUGUUGUUCCAUUCAGUCCUUCCACAGCAGACAUGGGAAAGCUUACCUCUUCAAUAAGGUGGUAAAUGUUUGCUUAGGUAAGAUAGAAGAAAGAUUGAUGAUGACAGGGAUGCAUACAGUUGCUGAUAUCUUCUGUGUGGGCUGUGGAUCAAUGGUGGGAUGGAAAUAUGAGACUGCCCAUGAAAAGAACCAAAAAUACAAGGAAGGAAAAUCUGUACUUGAAAGGUUCAAGGUUUUGGGACCUGAUGAAAGCAGUCACUGGGUCAGUCAUGAAGCAGAUACUGGUGGAAGUGAAGGAGAUGAUGUUUGAUUUCUGUAUUCACUCAACUGUAAAUUCUGUAAAACCCUAAAAAUUUUCUAGUUUGAACUUGAACUCUAACGAUGUUGAUACUUGUACUUUGUUUCUCCCACCUAAAAAUUCUUGAUGUUUCAUGUUGGGAUGAGAAUUGAACAAUAAUUAUUGUAUCUCUUAAAAUAAAUGAUGUUGUCGAAGAAAACAAUAUUGUAAAGGUUUAUUUAGUAAAGGGAUUUGAACGGCA